AAGUGUUUAGUUAGCAACAACAGAUCUUCGCUUGCAGUCGCUGUCUGUAUUCACCACAAGCUCCAUAUUCAAAAACCGAUAUGUACAGCUGCAUUGGCCUAGCUUUCGUUCUGCUUUUAGGCUGUGGAGUCCUACAGUCUGAUGCAACUGUAGCAGAAGUUUUAGAUGAGAAAAAUAAGACAUGCAUCUACGCUGAAAUGAUGGUGAAUUUCACCGUUCAAUAUGAGACCAGCAAUUCUACACCUAGCACUGCAGAAUUUGUCCUGCCAACAAAUGUAACAACAGCAGGAAGCAGCUGUGGCAAUGAGACAGUCGCCCCUUUUUUAAAAAUCAGUUUUGGGAAUGGCCACUAUUGGAGCAUUAACUUCACACAUAGCAAUACUUCGUACCAUGGAGAUGUAUUUAUCUUUGGCUAUAAUGUCAGUGACAGCACCAUCUUUCAUAAUGCCUCUCAAAAAGGUGUUAUCAAGGUUGUGGCCAAUGACACAAUGCCACCUGUGCCCAUGGAUCACUACUACAGAUGUAUGAGCGAUAACGUUUUUAAGCAAGGCAAUGUCACCCAGACCUUUUGGAAUGUCAGUAUUCAAGCGUACAUUAGAGAUGGAAAUCGAAGUAAAGACGCCACUGUGUGUAGUGCUGAUACCCCAACGACUGUAGCUCCGGUGACUAAUAUAACGACUGUAGCUCCAGUGACUAAUGUAACAACUGCAGCUCCCACCGUUACUCCAAAACCAACUCCAACCCCCAAACCAGAUAAGGAAACAUACAAGGUUUUCAGGGGCAAUGAGACAUGCCUGAUUAUCACCAUGGGACUGCAGUUCAACUACAGCACCACUGCCCAGGCGCCGUGGGAAGUGAAGAACAUUGAACCCAAUGUAACCACUGCGUCAGGAGCCUGUGGGGGCAACACCUCCACCAUAAUACUGAAUGAGAGGGACACCGUUUAUCUUGUUUUCUCCUUCGCUACACGCAGUUCAAAGACAUUCUAUCUUAAAGGAGUGAAUGUAACCACAGUGGUCAAUGGCUCUGCACAACAACUUGGAAUUAACAACAAUCUAAGUUACUGGGAGGCAACCCUGGGCAGCUCCUACAUGUGCAACAAGGACCAGGUGUUCAAGGUUACCGACAAGCUCUACAUCAACACUUAUGAUCUGAGGGUGCAGCCUUUCAACGUGACCAACGGAAAAUAUUCUACAGCCCAUGAGUGCUCACUGGACGACAGCAGCCUUCUGAUUCCAAUCAUUGUUGGCGCUGCCCUGGCAGGCUUGAUUGUCAUUGUUGUGAUUGCUUAUGUGAUUGGUAGAAGAAAGACCUACGUUGGAUAUCAGACCCUUUAAAGUGAUGAAAAUCAUGAAGCAAACUAAUAACCCCAAUGGUUUCAUUCUGCAAUCUCAGAAAAUCACUUUGUUUUUUUUUUCACUCCAUGGAGCAAGUGCAGGUUCUGUUUUUGUAAUCGACCAGUCUGAGCCAAACUCUCUUCAGACAUUUUCCAAGGCCUGUGAAACGGCUAUCUACCAAAACUACAGGAAAGUCCUGUCACAAGGGUAAUGUGUGCACAUUGCUCUAAUGCUUUGCACAGAUUCCAGGUGCUGUUUUUGUCUGAUUUGCAUCAUGGGUAUGCUGUACUAGGAUCACCAGCUGUUCACCAGUAGCUACUGAGAUGGUAUAUUGGGCAUUAUAAGGGAGAAAACAAUGAAUGCUCUCCCAUUCCAAAUCGUGACUGCUGCUAGUUCUGGGAUAUAACCAAGAUUAAGACUCAUCAGACAGCUAUCUGGCCAGAUCUUUGACUUGUACUAUGGAAAUGUGCAGAGCAGUUGAUCAGCUGCAAUCAUUAAAAUGUAUUAAUCUCUUAUGAUCUUAAGCAGAGUGUUAAAGUGUACCCCCAGCUGGCACUUCUGAUCUGCUUUGGGAGUUUUUUUUUUAAUGACUUGAUUAACCACUUAUAACCAACAACAUUUUUAAUAUGCGAGAUACAUUGAACCUGCACUUGCCUCCUGUAUAGUUAGCCCUUUGUUUUCAUUUCUUUAAUUCAUCCAUGUACAUCUAUAACUCAACCUUUAUUUUGUAGCAUCCCUACACUUAAAUUUGGAAGUUGUACAUUUUUUUAUUGCACUAUAUACUGUAAUAAAAAAAAUGUUAUAAAGGGUGUUUGCCACUGUAUCCAAGCUGCAAAGAUAUAAUAUAGACAAAGAAUAAAUAGUGAAUUGGCUAUGUCUGCACUUAGUUUAGCCUCCUGAUUAUGGGAGAGCAGAGUGCUGCAGAUGACGAUACUUGGCUACAAAAGCACUCCUUUGCAAUUGUAGGGCAUUGUUCAUUGUUUUCCUACUGUCAUUUGCACAGUGAAGCUGGCUUAACUUUAAGCUUACCAAAUUCCUAAUGGUGUAUUAUGUAAUGUUAAAAUAUACGACCAGACUAGAAGUCAUUGUCGUCUUUGAUGUAACAGUGACAAUAAAAAUAAUAGAAACCCGUGUAGCCAGUGUUAGAUUUCAGUGCAGCACUGCAGCUGCACUCCAUAAAUAGUGGAUUAUUUUGGUUGUUUGCUGCCGACCCAAACAUUUAUCGCACUGGCAAAAAUGUAGCUUUUGAAAUGUUGCAGUGACCUGCUGGAAUUUGGUUAAAAAGAGACUUCUCAUCCAAACAUUUCAUAAUCUGUGUUUGAUGCCGGCAUGUCUCACUGCAACAUUUAGUUUGUCUUUUGAUUCGGGAGAAACUUCUAUAAAUUGGCACAAUGGGUCCAGUUCCAGCUAGCUCAUGGGAUUAUAAAGGGAAUUUCUUGUGUAUUUUUUUUGUUUGUUUGCAAAGAUUUUGUCAUAUUUUCUUGCAGUGAUCAGUGUGCUGAAGCCUUGUUGUUUUUUCUUUUGCAAUAAUUCUAAAUUGUGUAAAGUAACUUGCAUGCCCUAUUUCCACGCUGUUUAGGGAAGUAUUAAACGUACAGGGUCCUUAAUUGCUAGGCAAGGUCGUAACAGUUUUGUUGCAGGAGUUGCUGUGUUCACUUUUUUGCAGCCAGCUCUUGGUGAACCUGUUUCAGUACUGUAAGCAUCUUCACUUAAGCUGUGCAGGGAUGCUUAUUUUCCGUUCUGUGUUUUAACGCUUAGUACUUUUACAACUGUAAGAUUUGGAGGGUAAAUGUGGCAACUGCUGCUGACUUUCUAUAUCGCAGUGCAGAAAUUCUGUCCCUGUUUAAACAGCUGUCAUUUAUCAGCUGUCAUAAGAUACUGCUGUUCUGUUUUGACAUGUAUUGCCAUUUUAGUUUUUGUGGAUAUUGUUUUUAUUAUAAAGGCUAUACAAAACAAGAAAGGUUAUACAUGUAUUUGACUGCAUGUCCUCGCAAAUAUCUAAACUAGUCUGUUGCUGUUGCAGUGCAAGUCUAAUCUGUGCUGUGUGUAAAGCCCAUGUUCCUGUGGUAACCGAGCAGAACGGGGAGAGCAGUUGCUUCGUUACUGAUUUCAUCACUUUGUUGAAUACAAAAAGGCUGCAGCCUUUGAUUAUAAAGUGCUCCUCUUCUCCAGUGCAUACGAAUCUUAAGAGCAGUGGUUGUAAAAAUGUUUGGCAAGUAUUCACCGUUCAUAGGAAAAGCAUAAUACUUUUUUUUUUUUUUUUUGCUUUGCAUUAGCCAGAACGUUUAAGAAGUGCUGGGGGCGUUAGCUUUUGUUAAUCUUGGUUGUAUUUGUGCUUUUGGAAGUUUGCAUUAACUCUAAAACUUGGAUUAUGUGUGCAGAAUUGACUGUGCUUUUGGGAAUAUACUGUAGCUCAAUGUUUGUUUCAUUUUAAAGGUGUUCUGAUGUAUUUUCCUGAAAUCUUGCACAAGUUUGCUUUCGUUCCCUAAAGAAUUUUACACCUUUUUUUGUACAUAAGUUGCCCUAAUAAAAACUUUAGAGACUGCUUUGAUGGAGUUGUUUAAGGGCUGUUUUUUUUUUUUAAAGAGUGUUUGAGACAUUAUUGUGAAUUAAACAGUGCUGUUAUUUAGUGAAUAAACUUUGUGAUACGAAAGGUUGCUUUUUUAAUCAAAGUGGUCUUUU